GCGUCAUGGAGAAGAAGACACCUGAGCAACUACGUACCAAGUACGACAAUUUGAAAAAGGAUGCAAGGCGAUACUUUGCAAAGCAGAGGCAAGAUAUUUAUAGAACAGGUGGGGGUGUUAUUGAAAAUGUCAUCAGUGAUAUUUUAAAACAUAUUUUUGAAAAAAUACGGGCUAUUACAACCCUUUCUAUGGAAGGCAUUGAACCACCUGUUGGUGAUAGCGAUUUUUGUAGUUUAAGUACUUCUGAAACAAGCAACUUUGAAGAGACAUCUAAGUCUGUGGCAGAGGCAGGUGAUGACGACCAACAUUUCACACAACCUCUUGAUGAUAAAAUGCAAGAUGUUGAAGGCAUAGAGGUGGUAUAUGUAGAACCUUGUGUAGAAGAAAGUGUGGCAAGUACACCAGCAAACGAUUGGAGUACCUACACACCAACUAUGUUGCGGACAAAAAAACAUAAAUUGCUGAGAGAGAAAAAAGGUGAUACAACAAAUAAGAAUGCACUUACAUCAUCUAAGGUGUUAAAUGAAAUAACCAAUUCCAAAAUUGAGUUGAAUAAAUUAAAAAAAGAUUUAUUAACUCAAGAGAUUAGAGAAAAGGCAGAACUAAACAAAGAGAUUUUAGACACUCAUAAAUUAAAAAAGGAAAAUUUAAGAUUACAAAAUGAGUUGCUAUCCUUACAAAUUAAAAAGCUAAAAGAAACAAAUAGCAUUGUAUAAAAACUUUACUCUUUAAUUUAAUGUAAUAUUA